GUAGCUCCCAGCAUCUUUGAGUCACAAGACAGGUGAUCCGGGGCUAUGAGUAUCUCAGAACUCUGGUCCCGGGUGCACAACAGAGGCGAUUCCCCUGCUGUACUCUGGGAUCUUGCGGGGUGAGGGGGCUGGGGAGAACCUGUCGGCACCGCCCCGGGCCACCUUAGGAGCUGUCCAGUGCUGACCACGGAUGCCUCCGGGCCUCCGGGCCCCCGGGGUGCUCGGACCAGAGCCUGCCGCGCCCCGCAGAGCCUGGGCUGAGCUGCUGGGAGCGCUGACGCAGAGCGCUGGGAGAGCUGGGAGCAGUUGGCUCUGAGCUGGACAUGGAUCUGCAGAGACCGGACUCCUACCAGGGCGGAGCUGGCCCUCAUUUCAGCGAGCAUGUCCUACACAAGACCAUUCUGGUUGGUGACAGUGGCGUUGGGAAGACGUCUCUACUGGUUCAGUUUGACCAGGGGAAGUUCAUCCCCGGCUCCUUCUCAGCCACCGUGGGUAUCGGGUUCACAGUGAUGCUUCUUGGAGACUCGGGCGUCGGCAAAACCUGUUUCCUGAUCCAAUUCAAAGACGGGGCCUUCCUGUCCGGAACCUUCAUAGCCACCGUCGGCAUAGACUUCAGGAAUAAAGUGGUGACAGUGGAUGGUGCCAGGGUGAAGCUUCAGAUCUGGGACACUGCAGGACAGGAGCGCUUCCGCAGUGUGACCCAUGCUUAUUACCGAGAUGCUCAGGCUUUGCUCCUGUUGUAUGACAUCACCAACCAGUCUUCUUUUGACAACAUCAGGGCCUGGCUCACAGAGAUCCAUGAGUAUGCCCAGAGGGACGUGGUGAUCAUGCUUCUAGGCAACAAGGCAGAUGUAAGCAGCGAAAGGGUGAUCCGUUCUGAGGAUGGAGAGACACUGGCCAGGGAGUAUGGUGUUCCCUUCAUGGAGACCAGUGCCAAGACUGGCAUGAACGUGGAGUUGGCCUUUCUGGCGAUUGCCAAGGAACUGAAAUACCGCGCAGGGAGGCAGCCUGAUGAGCCCAGCUUCCAGAUCCGAGACUAUGUGGAGUCCCAGAAGAAGCGCUCCAGCUGCUGCUCCUUUGUGUGACUCCCGAGGGGCUAAGAGGAGGCCCAGAGACCCUUGGGGAUGCAGUUACUCCAACUGCCACACCAACUAGGAGAAGCUGGGGGCUCAGCGGGUGGCCCCCCGCCAAGGGAGUAGCCAUUACCCUAGUUUCAUUAGCUUCCCUGCAUCAUGGGAAGGAUUAAUUACUCAUACUUUAUCUUACUAUACAUAAACUAAUAACACAAAAGGUACCCAUAUGCCCCCAAAACCAAAAUAGGUAGGGACUCGGUGGUCCUUUGCUUUCUGGGGCUAAGUUCUAAAAGGCUGGGCCUCUCCUCUAGCAAGAGUGUUACUGCACCAGCAUGGCACCAGGUGGCGCCAAAGCACUGCUAGGGUAUGGGAGCUGGUUGUGACCCCAUCACCAAUCAUCACUAAGGGGGUUAAGGAGACCCCAGACUUCUCCUCUCUCAGCUCCCAGAAAGAUAAUAAGGGCCCUCGUGCUGGGAGCUAGCCCAAAGCCUUGGGAGAGAUAAACAUGGAGAUUGUCCUAAGAGGAAUAGCAAUUACUAGGUACUGAGUCUGCUCAGCUACCUCUGGCUUUCCCGACCCUCCUUCUGGAAGCGUGCACACGCCUUUUCUCCAGCACACAUGCACAGUGGGGCACCUGAAAACACUCCUGAUCUCUGGACCUCAUAUCCCAGGGGAUGCCCCGCUCUCCCAUGGAACCUCUCUCGUCAGCGUCAGCUUUCCACCUGGGUUCCUAGACAACCAGAGGUCAGAGUCUGGAAAAACCUUCCCCUCCCUCCCAAUCCUGAGACAAGGUGUACAGCACCAUGGCUAUUUAAGGCAGAGGUCAGAGCCAGAUAAAGAACUUGUUGGCUCCUAGAAUGUGUGGGAGGCAGAACUGAACAAAGCCAUAGUCCAGUUUUUCCCACUAAGCCCCAGCUCUCUAACUUCAGAGCAAUACUAGGGCAAAAUGAUUUUGUCUUUUCCUCUUCCACUAAAUUGGGUUGAGAGGGUGGGAAGUUGUCGAUUUUGGGGUGGGCUGAUGCAAUGUGCACAAGACAAGUGUGGGCAAGUCUAGGGUAUGAAGAGGGGUGACAAAGAAGCCCUGUAGGCCCAAGGCCAUGUGUCUCCCAAAGCUCUGAUCUGACCCUUAGAAGGAAGGACACUUGGAGGGGGCAGAUCCAUGACCUACAGGAAGCUUUACCACAUCUCUAUAGGUUGGGCAGCGACUGAGGCUCCAAGAAAGUAUGCAUUACACAUUUCUGAGGUGACUAUAUUUGCUUUCGAGGCAGAAAUCUUGCUCCCAGAGCAAAGUCAGCACUCUAAACGGGUUGAUAAGGAAGCUCUCUGUGACCGCUCAUAGGCAGAACAGGGAGGAGCCUGGGCUCCGGGUUCUCUUCUGGGGCUCUGAGCAGAUUGCCAGGAGCUCUAGUCUCAUAUAUAGCUCUGGGCCUCUGGCAUUUGUGU